UUUACUGUAACUUAAAAACUAUUAGCAACUACUGCUGGAGCAGUGCUAACGCAUGACUUUUGGUCACAUUUAAUCCAAAUUUUAUUUGGUGGUAUACCUUUCUCGAUCAGUCAGUUUUGUCUUACUGAUUUCCUUUUUUCCCCAUAUCCAGAGAUUUGGAACCACUGUGACUCUGAUGAUUUUGUACGUGAGACUUAAAAACGUGACCAUCAGACCACAAUAAAGGCAACAAUGAGGGUCACAGCAGCCGUACUCUGGACAGCAGCCGUAUUGGUGGGACUUCAGAAGAGCACUUCAUCACCUGACAACUUUGUAGACCGAUCAUCCCAAAACCUCUCCUCUGUCCCAACUGACCUGCCACAGACGACUGAGUUUUUAGACCUCUCUCGCAACUACAUACGUCAGCUUCACAAUGGAGACUUUCAAAAAACCACUCACCUCAGGUUCCUGAAUGUGUCAUGGAAUAAUUUGGAGGAGAUCGAUCCACAGACUUUUCUUAACACGCCUCUCCUGGAACAUCUGGACCUGUCGCACAACAAUCUCAAGAACCUCUCAAGUCAACAAUACCUGCUACACACAGUGAACCUCCUGGUGCUAAACUUGGCCUUUAACAGAUUUCUUACCAUGACAUUGGGGAGUGAGUUCAGCUCUCUUGUAAAACUGGAAAGAUUAACAGUUGGCGCAAAAAACAUCAGCGUGGGUGACUUCAAGAACAUUGCUAAAAUGAAACUACAUACAUUGACGUUAUUACUAGAGGAUGGACUUUAUUAUGAAGCAGGCAGCCUGGAGGAUGUUCAUGCUCAAAGGCUGCAGAUAGCCUUUGGACAUAAUCAAAAAAUUGACCGUAAUCUGACUGCUGAUGCUCUGUCUCUGUUUGCUGAAGUGGAGAUGAUGAAUAUGAUAAAUGGCUACAAAGACCUAAGUAAGCAGCUAAGAGAGACGGUGAAAAUCCACACAACGAGUUUUUAUCUCACCAACAUAACAAUUAAAUGGCACGACUUAACUGAAUAUGUAAAUGUGGCUCUAAAUACAACUUUGAAACAUCUUGAUGCCUCUGAUGUGCACAUAAUGCAGCCUCCUCGAGUUGAAACAGAAGUGAUCAAAACAUCACAGGUGAUUUCUUUCACAGCCAGCCAGGCAGUGGUAACAAGUUUCUUCUUCUCACAGGAGGCUUUAUACAACUUUUUCAUCAGCAUGCCAGUGGAGAGUGUUGCGAUUACUGACACGCCAAUAAUACACAUGACCUGUCCCAAGUCACAGAGUCCAAUACGCCAGCUGGAUUUUUCUAAUUGUGCUAUGUCUGAUUCCAUCUUCUCAAGUGUGGUGGAUGAUAAAUUUGUAGAAUGUCAGAACCUGCGUAACCUGAAGAACUUGACUCUGAUAGGCAACAGUCUUAAAAAACUUGAGAUACUGAGCCAACGUUUUCAAUAUAUGUCGUCCCUGCAACAUCUGGACCUCAGCGUCAACUCCAUAGGGUAUGACCAGUCAUCACAGUGCAUCUGGCCAGCAAGCAUCACCAAUAUAAAUCUGUCUUCUAAUAGUUUGACUGAGUCAGUUUUUCAAUGUCUACCAAAUGGGACACAGAUACUGGACCUCCAGAACAACCAGAUUUCGGUGGUUCCGCAAUCCAUCUUUAAACUGAAAAACCUUUCAACUCUGAAUCUAAAUGCUAACCGGCUGCGGGACCUGCCAGGUUGUGGCACUUUCCCCACACUCCACAAGCUUCUGCUCAGGUCAAAUUCUCUCCAUGCCCCAUCUGUGAACAUAUUGGAAAGCUGUCCCGAACUGCAUAUCCUAGAUGUCAGUUUUAACCCCUUCACCUGUACCUGCACUCUCAGAGGUUUCAUAAAGCUCGCUAUCAAUUCUGAAAAGAGCAACAGCCAAUCAGGAAUUAAGCUGCUGAAUUGGCCACAGGGCUAUUACUGCACAUACCCCGAGGACGUUAGAAACUCAACUUUAAGAGACAUCUCGAUCCCAGAGGUCUCCUGCAGCAUUGGCCUUCUAGUGGUUGCAAUUUUGGUUCCAGCAGGGACACUGAUUAUUUCCAUUGUGAUUCUGUGUCACUGUUUGGAUGUUCCCUGGUACACGGGCAUGAUCUGGCAGUGGACAAGAGCCAAACAUCGUGCAAGACUGCAACAAGCUCGGCCCGAGGAUCUGGUGGGUCUGGAGUUCCACGCGUUUGUGUCUUAUAGCCAGCACGAUGUUGACUGGGUGCGCAAUUCCCUUCUUCCCAACCUCGAAGGCCCCGCAGGAGGGCUUAGAAUCUGUCAUCACGAGAAACAUUUUGUGCCGGGAAAGACGAUCAUUGAGAACAUCAUCAGCUGUGUGGAGAAAUGCAGGCGCUCUGUGUUUGUCCUCUCUGCUCACUUUGUCAAGAGCGAGUGGUGUCAUUACGAGCUCUACUUCGCCACCCACCAACGUCUCACUCUGGGCUCAGACAGCAUUGUGCUGGUACUGCUUGAGCCUCUGCCUCAAUACCUAAUCCCAUCCAAGUACUACCAGCUGAAGUCCAUGAUGAACCGCCACACAUAUCUGGAGUGGCCUCAAGACAGGGCAAAACAAAGGUUAUUCUGGGCUAACCUCAGAGCUGCCCUACAGACUGACCUGCCCAAUGCUCCAGUCACACAAGUACAGGAGCAUUGGGCAGAGGAAAGACUUGAAGAGAGACAGGGGUUAAUAGGCUUCCCCCUUAGCACUGAGGGUUGGAUUGUAUUGAAGGCACUGGAGAAAUCAAAAAACAUGACUCAGUGUGCACCUGGUGCUCUCCAGAUGAGAGAAGGCCCGAUGCAGCAGGUACGUGACAGCGUCAUCCGCCCCGAUGUUCAGCUGGUAGCUACAAUGAGGGUCACAGCAGCCGUACUCUGGACAGCAGCCGUGUUGGUGGGACUUCAGAAGAGCACUUCAUCACCUGACAACUUUGUAGACCGAUCAUCCCAAAACCUCUCCUCUGUCCCAACUGACCUGCCACAGACGACUGAGUUUUUAGACCUCUCUCGCAACUACAUACGUCAGCUUCACAAUGGAGACUUUCAAAAAACCACUCACCUCAGGUUCCUGAAUGUGUCAUGGAAUAAUUUGGAGGAGAUCGAUCCACAGACUUUUCUUAACACGCCUCUCCUGGAACAUCUGGACCUGUCGCACAACAAUCUCAAGAAUCUCUCAGGUCAACAAUACCUGCUACACACAGUGAACCUCCUGGUGCUAAACUUGGCCUUUAACAGAUUUCUUACCAUGACAUUGGGGAGUGAGUUCAGCUCUCUUGUAAAACUGGAAAGAUUAACAGUUGGCGCAAAAAACAUCAGCGUGGGUGACUUCAAGAACAUUGCUAAAAUGAAACUACGUACAUUGACGUUAUUACUAGAGGAUGGACUUUAUUAUGAAGCAGGCAGCCUGGAGGAUGUUCAUGCUCAAAGGCUGCAGAUAGCCUUUGGACAUAAUCAAAAAAUUGACCGUAAUCUGACUGCUGAUGCUCUGUCUCUGUUUGCUGAAGUGGAGAUGAUGAAUAUGAUAAAUGGCUACAAAGACCUAAGUAAGCAGCUAAGAGAGACGGUGAAAAUCCACACAACGAGUUUUUAUCUCACCAACAUAACAAUUAAAUGGCACGACUUAACUGAAUAUGUAAAUGUGGCUCUAAAUACAACUUUGAAACAUGUUCGUGUUUCUGAAAUGAAUGUAAAGAAUCCUCCUCACUACACAACUGAAGUGAUCAAAACAUCACAGGUGAUUUCUUUCACAGCCAGCCAGGCAGUGGUAACAAGUUUCCAAUUCUCACAGGAGGCUUUAUACAACUUUUUCAUCAGCAUGCCAGUGGAGAGUGUUGCGAUUACUGACGCACCAAUGAUACACAUGACCUGUCCCAAGUCACAGAGUCCAAUACGCCAGCUGGAUUUUUCCUUUGGUGCUAUGUCUGAUUCCAUCUUCUCAAGUGCGGUGGGUAAAAACGUAGUUGAAUGUCAGAACCUGCGUAACCUGAAGAACUUGACUCUGGUAGGCAACAGUCUUAAAAAACUUGAGUUACUGAGCCAACGUUUUCGAUAUAUGUCGUCCCUGCAACAUCUGGACCUCAGCGUCAACUCCAUAGGGUAUGACCAGUCAUCACAGUGCAUCUGGCCAGCAAGCAUCACCAAUAUAAAUCUGUCUUCUAAUAGUUUGACUGAGUCAGUUUUUCAAUGUCUACCAAAUGGGACACAGAUACUGGACCUCCAGAACAACCAGAUUUCGGUGGUUCCGCAAUCCAUCUUUAAACUGAGAAACCUUUCAACUCUGAAUCUAAAUGCUAACCGGCUGCGGGACCUGCCAGGUUGUGGCACUUUCCCCACACUCCACAAGCUUCUGCUCAGGUCAAAUUCUCUCCAUGCCCCAUCUGUGAACAUAUUGGAAAGCUGUCCCGAACUGCAUAUCCUAGAUGUCAGUUUUAACCCCUUCACCUGUACCUGCACUCUCAGAGGUUUCAUAAAGCUCGCUACCAAUUCUGAAAAGAACAACAACAACCAAUCAGGUAUUGAGCUGCUGAAUUGGCCACAGGGCUAUUACUGCACAUACCCCGAGGACGUUAGAAACUCAACUUUAAGAGACAUCUCGAUCCCAGAGGUCUCCUGCAGCAUUGGCCUUCUAGUGGUUGCAAUUUUGGUUCCAGCAGGGACACUGAUUAUUUCCAUUGUGAUUCUGUGUCACUGUUUGGAUGUUCCCUGGUACAUGGGCAUGAUCUGGCAGUGGACAAGAGCCAAACAUCGUGCAAGACUGCAACAAGCUCGGCCCGAGGAUCUGGUGGGUCUGGAGUUCCACGCGUUUGUGUCUUAUAGCCAGCACGAUGUUGACUGGGUGCGCAAUUCCCUUCUUCCCAACCUCGAAGGCCCCGCAGGAGGGCUUAGAAUCUGUCAUCACGAGAAAGAUUUUGUGCCGGGAAAGACGAUCAUUGAGAACAUCAUCAGCUGUGUGGAGAAAUGCAGGCGCUCUGUGUUUGUCCUCUCUGCUCACUUUGUCAAGAGCGAGUGGUGUCAUUACGAGCUCUACUUCGCCACCCACCAACAUCUCACUUUGGGCUCAGACAGCAUUGUGCUGGUACUGCUUGAGCCUCUGCCUCAAUACCUAAUCCCAUCCAAGUACUACCAGCUGAAGUCCAUGAUGAACCGCCACACAUAUCUGGAGUGGCCUCAAGACAGGGCAAAACAAAGGUUAUUCUGGGCUAACCUCAGAGCUGCCCUACAGACUGACCUGCCCAAUGCUCCAGUCACACAAGUACAGGAGCAUUGGGCAGAGGAAAGACUUGAAGAGGGACAGAGAUUAAAGGGGUAA